GCCUUACAUCUCUGGGGGUAUGGUCACGAAGUCCUUGACGGGGCUUUAGACUCUGCUUUGCAAAGAUCACAAGAGUUGUAUGAAUCCACGCUAUCGCUCCUUAUAUCUGUAGCAGAGCUUGUAAAAGGUAUUAUCCAUCAUUGCAACUCUGAUUUCUUUGUACUAAGCUAUCUAGGUCUCCUGGAAUUUGCGUUUAAAAACCCCCGCGAUCGUGAAGAGAUCAUUGAAGACUCGCAAAUUGAUGACAUCGUACAAUCGGCACGUACCCUAAUCUCUGACCCAGAGGCAUGCAUGCCUACGUGGGAAGACCCCAGUGACUUAGUAGACAGCCUAAAGAAUCAGAUAGACUGUCUUGGCCUUCUCAGCCCUGCCCUUGAAUUCCCAGCAAUUGAGUAUUCCGUUCAUGACCAACAUCAAGACGAGGAAUUCUUGGCCAGUCGUCCUAUCCACGAAGCUUACACGGAGAUCAUCAGAACCAAGUUCCCGAGAGCUAACCCUUCUCUCCAUGAACGACUUGGAAAGGCUUGUUGGGACAGAUACCUCCACAUACGACGGCUGCAAGAAAAGGUGGCCACAAAGCAAACAUUGGAUCUCAUUACUCAAGGAGAAGAUGGGAUCAACUUCCAAGACUCUGCAUUAGGAAGCCUUGCCACCAACGAAAUAGCAUAUGCAGAGACACUAUACUCAGCUCGAGCUAUAGCCAGUCAUGGCCGCCUUCCACGACUACCCCCGGAAGGGAAACUAGGGCACCCUUUUAUGUGCGAGGUAUGCUAUGAGGCAGUUGCUAUUCAGCGAACGAGAGAUUGGAAGUAA